AUGGCUUCUCCUGCACCCGCAACGGCUCCCGUGGGCCCCAGUUCUCUCAUCACCGUCAAAGUGCUCUACAAUGAAAAUACUCGACGCUUCAAGCUUCCUCUGCGAGAGCUCGGAGCUCGCACGCUUCCCCAGAAUCUCCGCCAGCUCCUUGGCGUUCCCGAAGAUGUUAACGUCAUCUUUGAACGUUAUUCCGACAGCGCCGGCUGCUAUAUUCAGCUAGAUAGCGAGAACCCCGCUGUCUACAAGCAGCUCUAUCGCGCUGCCAAGGCUAAACUGAAGCUGCGGAUCAAGGCCACAACGGCUGAGGAGCCCGCCUCCCAGUCGCAGCUGGCUGCAGACCUCCCCGAACAACAGAAUGCGUCAAGGUACAGUUACCUCGAGACUGUCUUGGGUGCUCCUCUCCCUGAGUCUCAAGUUGAAAGUGUUCCUGCUAGUGCGUCCCUAUCUGCCUCGGCUCUGCCCGAGGUCGCCAACGGCACCAUCCCUGCUGAGUCUCGGUCCGCCCAGUGGUCGGCCCCUGAGACGACUGAGCCUCAGUUCCGUGACUUCGUCUUGGGUCAGGACAGCUUGGACAUGCCAGUGGUGUCGCACGCAUCGCCCAAUGGGGUCUUCUGCAUUGACUGCAACCACUGCGGCCGCUCCAUUCCGAACGAGCACUAUCAUUGCAGCAUCUGUGACGACGGCGACUACGACUUGUGUCUCCAGUGUGUCGAGGCCGGUGUGGCUUGUCUGGAUGACGAACACUGGUUGAUUAAACGUCUUGUCAAGGACGGCCAGGUCACCAACAGCACCACGGAAACGGUUCAGCCCCGCAAGGCUCGUGAGGAGCCUGAACCAGAAGAGGAAGAAGAAGAGACCUUCGAAGAGUCUGUGCCAGAGCUGGUGUCUGAGACUACUCCAGUCCCUGCUGUUGCUGCUCCCGAACUUCCCGAGAGCACUCAGGAACGCAUCUGCAAUGAUUGCCUGAAGGGUAUGUCCUUUUCCUCGACAGAAGGUUGUCACUAUUUACUAACUCCAACAGAACUCGAUGAAACCAAGAUGGUUUCCUGCGCUGACUGCGAUGACUAUGACAUUUGCAUCACUUGUCUCCUCAGAGACACACACGGCCAUCACCCCGCCCACACCUUCAAGCUGCUUCAUGAUCGUCAGUUCUGCCUGAAGAGUCUGGUGCAAUCUCGUUGCAAACCUGGACGUCACCACCACCACGCAGCUAUCUGCGACGGAUGUGAAAAGCGUAUUAUUGGCGUCCGGCACAAGUGCCUGACCUGCCCAGAUUGGGACUACUGCUCGGAGUGUCACCAGGAGGCAGCCCAAAACCACCCGGGUCAUCGGUUUGCGCCGAUUUAUGACGCAAUCGCCGAGCCCCUGCAAAGCUAUGAGGUGCAUUACGGCAUCUACUGCGACGGCCCUCUGUGCAGGAACAGGCCAUGCCCUAGCUUCAUCACAGGCACUCGCUACAAGUGCUCUGUGUGUCACGACACGGACUUCUGCGCCAAGUGUGAGGUGCACCCGACCAACACUCACAACCGCACUCACCCCAUGGUCAUGCUGAAGACACCUGUGCACAACGUCUCUGUUAGCACUGUCCACGAAGACCGUGGAGCCACUUGCGCCCUGGGCGACCGUGCCCAGAAAUCCACUUCCACCCAAGCCAGCGUCCCGGUCGAGCCGGUCCAGGAAACACCCAAGCCGGAAGCAGAGCCUAUCCAAGAGCCUGCCCCGGUGGAACAGCCGACUCCCGUUGCACAGCAGCCACCCCAGGUCGAACAGCCGACAUCAGCUGACCCGGCCUCGGGCUAUCAAGCCUUCUUCAUCCGGGACACUGUGCCGGAUGACACCACGCUGCCGCCCAACACCGCCUUUGAGCAGACCUGGACCCUCUUCAACCCCGGCCCAUUGAGCUGGCCUGCCGGCACGGAUGUGCGGUUCGUCGGAGGCGAUUCGAUGUUCAACGUAAAUACCAGCCACCCAUUGAGCAUGGAUGCCAUUUCGGCUGCCAUGGAGAGCAACAAGCUCUCGGAGCCGCUUGAGCCAGGUCACAGUGCGGACUUUACCGUGACACUCAGGACCCCGAGCCGCCAGGGCAGUGCCAUCUCGUACUGGCGGCUGAAGCUGCCCAGCGGCAUGCCUUUUGGUCACCGGCUGUGGUGUGACGUGCGCGUGCGCGAUGAUGUUCCGCCGCCCGCUGUGAGUGCACCGGAACCGGAGAUGGAGAAGACCGUCGAGCCUCAGCCGGAGGCCCAGUCGGAGCCUGCAGGAAGCCAGAUGAUCUUCCCCAAGCUGGCCAAGGAGUCUCCGGAGACCAGCACACACGAGGCGGCCACGACGGCCCCCAGCGCCCCGUCGGUGACGAAUGCUUCGGAGCAAGAUGUGUUUGAUGACAUGGAGAGUCUGACACUGGGCGAGGACGAGACAGAUGCGGGUAUGCUGACGGACGAGGAGUACGACAUCUUGGACGCCAGUGACCAGGAAUAUCUGGAGGCCAAGUCUCAGCGCUAA